UCCCCUCUUGUUUAAGCAUGUACCCGACAUAGUGGCGAUCCGUAAUCCAUGUCUGACGGUACACACAGUAACUACAUACGGCGCAGGAAACGAAAAGAAAUCCAACCAAUUAUUAGCAUUAAAAUAUCUUAAAAUAUAGUUAAACUCAGUAACUAGUUCUAGUACUUUGACGUUCCAACGGUCCACCAAAACACUGUAAAAAUGGCUGCCGCACCCACGUUCUUUCAUCGUCACCAUCCUCACACCCACAGCUCUAAUUUCAGCAACCCAACAACAACAUCACGGACAUGCAAGCUCACCAUCGAACCACUCCAUGCCUGCAUCACUGAUCUAACUCUAAACCCAGCAAAACCAUGCAAACCCAGCAAGCCCUUUCUGGGUUAUCUCGGUCCGUACCUCCUCUGCUUCUCCUCCUGCUCUUAUGCUCCACCUCCACAUCUGGGUUCGGAUCAAUGGGACCAAUCUCGGCCUCUUUCGGCAAAGAUGGCUUCUUUUGCGCCAUAGACGCUAGCGGGAAGCAGGGCGUGGUUUGUUGGGGGUUCAACAGCUCUCCAUCGACGUCGUCUUCGGCGUCAUCCUCGUCCUCCGCCUCUUUCAGCAACAUUCCGUCGAUGGCUGCUCUCUCCGGUGGUGAAAAUUUUCUUUGUGGUAUUUUAGCGAACACCUCGCAGGCGUAUUGUUGGAUCUCCGUUUCCCCAGGUAUAGAUCUUGUUCCUCUACCAUUCAAGUCCACCGGUUACUCUCAUAUUGCUGCUGGGAAGAGCCAUGUGUGUGCUAUUAGAGGGUCGUAUUACUCUGACCAUGAAUAUGGAACUGUAGAUUGCUGGGAAAUUUUUGAAACUUCGAAUAGAAGUUUAAGUUCGAAACAGAGCACUCUGUUUUCUGACCAGGCAAUUGCUAACCUUGUCUUCAAAGGGGUUGUUUCUGGUGAAGGGUUUAGCUGUGGAGCUGUUAGAGAUGGAGGGCUGAUUUGUUGGGGGCCAAAUUCUUCGAAUUUAGGUGUUUCGGGUCCGGUACUACAGAAUUUCACAGCUUUAGCUUCAGGGAGGGCCUCAGUCUGUGGAAUUUCAGAUUUUGGUGAGUUGAAUUGUUGGGGUGAUGCUGAUUUGUUGGAUGGUCAUCCAAAUGGAACUCAGUAUGCGUCUUUGGCUGCUGGUGAUCAUCAUUAUUGCGGGAUUCGACUAGAUAAUCACAGAGUGGAGUGUUGGGGGAUGUUUAACUCCUCUUUGAUUCCAAAGGCUUCCGGAUUUAUGGCGAUUGCCUCGUCGGAUUAUACCACUUGUGGGAUCAGGGAAGAUGAUUUGGUGAUUGAUUGUUGGGCUGCCAAUGCAACUUCCUCCCCAACCGAUUAUGAUCCUCCAUUGCAAUUGUGCAGUCCAGGUCUUUGCACUCCUGGUUCUUGUGGGCAAGGUGAGUUUGCUUUCAAUGCUAGCGCACUCAAUGAGGUUGAUUUGACAAGCUUGUGUGUUCGAAAAGAUCUUACGAUUUGUUCCUCGUGCGGGUCAAAUUGCUCCGAAGGAUUCUUCUUGUCUAGUUCAUGUACUCAACAUGCUGAUAGAGUGUGCACAGCUUGCUCUCUUUGCCAGAACAGCUCUUGUUGGGAUAUUUGUGGGCUUCAAACACCUCCAGAAAUGAGGAAAAAGCUCUGGAAUCAUGUGCGUAGGUUGGUGAUCAUAUUCGGGUCUUCUGCUUUGGGUUUUUUGUUGAUAUUAAUUUGUUGGUGCCUUCUUCCCCGUUUAACUUCUCGAAAAAAAGAAGGGAGCAAAAAGCAGUUUAAAUCUUGCAUUGGGAAAGCAGAGUUGGAAGCUGACAAUAAUGAGGAUCCAAACCCUCCUCCAUCCGUGAUUCCCUGUCCUGGGAUUGCUCAAGUGUUCCGUCUCUCAGAACUAAAAGACGCCACCAACGGAUUCAAGGAGUUUAACGAGCUUGGCAGGGGAAGUUUUGGCUUUGUUUACAAAGCUGUGCUAGCAGAUGGACAGCAAGUUGCAGUCAAGAGAGCAAAUGCUGCCACUAUAAUUCACACAAACAGUCGAGACUUUGAAAUGGAAUUAGAGGUCCUUAGCAAAAUCCGCCACUGUAACAUUGUAAACUUAUUGGGUUACUGCUCAGAGAUGGGGGAAAGGCUGCUUGUAUACGAGUAUAUGGCCCACGGGACGCUUUAUGAUCAUCUCCAUGGUGGGCUUUCAGCCCUGAAUUGGAGCCUUCGGUUGAAAAUUGCAAUGCAGGCUGCUAAGGGGCUUGAGUACCUUCACAAGGAAUUCAUGCCUCCCAUUGUUCAUCGCAAUGUCAAGACCUCGAACAUUCUUUUAGACGCUGAAUGGAGUGCGCGGAUUGCAGAUUUCGGACUCCUUACAUCUAAUGACAGGGAUCUCAAUGGAGAUUUAGCAAGUGAUGUUUACAACUUUGGAGUAGUACUGCUAGAGAUUCUCAGUGGAAGGAAAGCUUAUGACAGAGAUUACACUCCGCCAAGUGUAGUCGAAUGGGCACUGCCUUUAAUCAAACAGAACAAGGCAGCUGCCAUAAUCGACCGUUAUAUAGCUCUCCCGAGAAAUGUUGAGCCUUUGCUCAAGCUUGCUGAUAUAGCAGGACUGGCGAUAAAGGAAAAUCCAACCGAGCGUCCUACAAUGUCGGAUAUUGCAUCUUGGUUGGAGCACAUUGUGAAAGAUGGAUUGACCUUGUAGUUUCUGAACCAGGUCGCCGGCUAUUCAUCAAAGAUUAAUUGAACAAAUAUUUGUUACAACUGUUUCAGUAAGUACUGCUCUAAUCUUCCUCAACUGUACAUCUAUUUAUGAGCUGCUUGUAAAUGAAGUGAUUAAUCUGCUUGUCUCGGAUAAUUUCCCUUAAUCCUCACAAAGCGAAGGGAACAUGAUUUUUGUACCAUUCCACACUAGUUUUCCACUUGAUACUCAUCCAAUAAUUUCCCUUCUCAUGUAAAGCAUUGGAGAGCCAUCCCUACUUGAAUUUGGGAGCCACUAUUUUAGAUUUAAUGCAUGAUUAUGCCCUGAACAUUUCAUUUUAUACGAUGGUUUCGAGCAUA